UUCUUGACACUCCUCUCUAUAGCCAUACCCCAGUCGGAUCAUGCACAACAGUUACUAGCUAGCUACGGGAUAUAUUAGGAGCAAAAUCGCAUAACAACCUGUAGACAUUUCCAUUGUUUUACAUGAUUGUGUAACCGGUUAAGUUUAGUAUGAAGGCCAAAUAUAUAUAAAUAGCGAAUUUCAUGCAAGAUAAAAAUAGGACAUUGUUUUGAUUGUUAUCCUGCCACGAUAGGGGUUAGGGUUCUUGGAGCCAGCUAACGCGUUAGCUAAUUUUGCUGCUAUUGUAGUGAUAGCUAAACAACUAAUCAAGAGCUGGAAAAUCCAACAUGUUUUGAUAAUCCGCUCUUUGCUUUUGAUAAAUAAAAUAUUCCUGAAGAAAAAAAGUCUAACUGUCAACGUAACGAGCAGGUGGAUGUUGGAUAGCUACCACUGCCUACUCAGCUUUUCAUUGCUAGUAUCCAGACCACUCCAGACUGGAAAGCUAGCGCACGAGCACGCUUCCUUCCGGUUAGUGUUCUAUCUCCAUUCUCUAGCUAGCUUGUGCAAAUGGAGUCAGCGAUGGACCCAACGCCGACUGUCACGGACAACUUGUAUAAAAUGACUGAAGAUGACGUCAAAAGGCUAAUAGAGCUGCGAUCCUCCAAUGAGGUUCUUUUCACAGGAAAAAGAAAUGCUGCCAAGGUUGCCUGGAAUGCAAUUCUAAAGGGAUUGGGUCUUGAAGGAAAGCUGACAGCUGAUCAGAUUGCCAAAAAGUGGGAAAACCUGAAGACUAGAUACAAGGAUCUAAAAUACCCAUUUCAUGGCAAGGACACAGUUGCUACCAGCAUAGCCUCCUGGCCCUGGUUCCAGCUUAUGGAUGAGGCAAUGGAAGGACGCCUCUACAGCAGUGCCCACGUUUUGUCAGUGGAAUCUUUGAGCGGUGAGGAUCCUGGAGCACCCUCGCCACUAACCAUUGAGAGAGGACAGGGAACCGAGGGCGCUGACAUUUUGGAAUUCUUGAUCAAAACGGAGAUGGAGGACGGUGCUGGCACCGAGAACUUAGAGGAAAAUGCAACAGUCAACACUGAUGCAACUCAGACCGAGGGCCCCACCAUGGGCUGGCGAAGAAUGUCCGAAUGCUCGUACAAAAUGACAGACCAGGAGACUGAGAAAAUGAUAAAGCUUCGUGCAGUGAAUGAGGCGAUCUUCACUGGCAGGAAACAUACUGCCAAGCCUGCUUGGAGAGCUAUUUUGAAUGAGUUAGGUCUUCAGGGAAAGGUGACUACUGACCAGCUAGCCAAAAAGUGGGAUAACCUCAAGAGACGAUAUAAGGAGUUGAAAUGUCCAGCUCGCAGCAUGGAGAACAGCCCAAAUUCCUGGCCCUGGUACUACCGCAUGAACGAUGCCCUGGAGGGGCGAUUCGCUGGCUGUGCCCCCACCCUGACGCCAGUAGUAGAAGAGGGUGAUGAAGAGUUUGAACCAUCACCACCACCAAGGAAGAGGGCUCGUCGCACACCAGGGAGGGGGGGCAUGUCAGAGUUCCUGACCGAGUCUGAAAUGGAUGAGCUGGUGGAAACAGAGGAUCGGAAUGGAGCUAACAUUUUCCCAGGGGCCACAACAGGGGAGUAUCACAAGACCACAGAAUUAUCAUAUAAGUUGACAGAGGAGGACACCCAGAGAUUGAUAGAGCUACGGGCUUCCAAUGAGGCUCUUUUCACAGGGAAGAGAAACACUGCCAAGCCUGCAUGGAGGGCGAUAGUAAAAGAAAUGGGCCUUACAGGGAAGUUGUCUGCUGACCAGGUGGCCAAAAAGUGGGACAACCUGAAGACAAAGUUCAAGGACUUGAAGUUUCCGCCACGUGGGAUGGAGAAACAGAGCAACCCUGCCUCCUGGCCUUGGUUCCAACUGAUGAAUGAUGCCUUUGAGGGUCGACUUGCCGGGAGAGCCCCCAAAAUAACCCCUGUAUGGAUGAACGAGGAAGACUAUUUGUUCGUAUCCUCGCCGAUGCCUACAGAGAGAGACCCAUGCCCCAUGCCGGAAAGGAGUGGGAUUUCUGAGCUGGGAGAGGGAAUGGGAGCAGUGGAAACGGAGGUGGCUGGAGCAGUUACGUUCAUUGAUGCCAGUGGAGAGGAGUGCCCUACACCUUUGGAAUUCUCCUAUAAAAUGACAGAGCAGGACACACGGAGGCUAAUUAAGUUACGCGCUGCCAAUGAGGUCCUCUUCACUGGGAGACGAAAUGCUGCCAAAGCUGCAUGGAAGGCCAUUUUAAAAGAGUUGGGUCUUCUGGGUAAGGUGUCCACUUACCAGGUGGCCAAGAAGUGGGACAACUUAAAAAGGAGAUAUAAGGACCUAAAGUACCCCCCAGUGGGCAUGGAGAGCAUGGCAGACAAUGCUGCUUCCUGGCCAUGGUUCUACCUCAUGAAUGAGGCGAUGGAGGGCCGCCUGGCCUCCAGCGGACCUGUCCUGACCCCUAUAACUGAGGGUGACGACCCUGAGCCUUCCCCUUCGCAGCCACCUCAAAACAGAGGGCGCCCGUCACUGCACGGCGGCCACGCCGCGCUGGAGUUUGAACCGGAUAUGUACACGGACGCCGCCACGGAGGAGUGUCACCGGGCAACGGCGGAGUGCGAGAGGGCCCUGAGAGAGGAGAGGUUGGCCGGCGGGCCGGCAGGGUCCGCUGCAGCUCCCAAGGGGGUGUCACUGGAGAGAGAGUGGGAGAUGGUGGAGAGGGAGAGGGCGGCGGUGGAGGGGGACAGAGCAGCCGUGGAUCGAGAGCGUCAGUGGCUGGAAAACGAGCGAGCCAUCUUGACGAGGGAGAGGAUGCUGUUGGAGCAGGACCGGGCGGCGCUGGGGAGGGAGCGAGCGGCCUUUGAGAGCCAGAGGUCCGCAGUAGGGAUGAACAAUGCCGCGGUGGUGCAUGCUGGACAUAUUAACCACUGUGGCAUGGGGAUGUAGACUGUUCAAACCCCUGGGGGAAGACAGGGAUCGAUUAAAAGCCUUUAAGCUACUUGGAGAACUGACUUCAGCAUGUUUUUCACCUUACUGGAUCGAGAUGUAUUUUUACACCAGGACCCGGGACCUGAAAAUGUUUCAUUUGUGAUUGAUACAUUCAGUAGAUCUACAUUUCAUCUACAUUUUUCAACUGAACCUGUGACAGAUUUUCGUCUAUGACAUUGUGCACUUAUUUUGAAUGACAUUUUGGAAUUGCUUUGUGUUGAACUGUUGACAGAAUAGUUUUUGUGUUUCGGUUACUCUUAAUCACCUCAUUUUCUUAAUGACCUCGUACAGUCUUCAAACUUUAAAUUUUUAUUGUAAUAUUAGACAAAUUAGCACCAUAAAAAGAUGCUUCACUUUGUCUUGGCGGCUAUAUUCACACAGCUCAGUUCUGGGUUUUCUUUCCACUAAUUGGUCUAUUGACUAAUCAGAUCAGCGCUGAAAUAAAUUCUAAAAUGAUGGAAAAAAUAUAAGAAUAAUGCUGCCUGUGUUAGUGCACUCUGGAAGUGUAUUUUUGUUUGAGAGAACAAAUGACAGUAUGACCAAAGCUCUGAUGCCUGCUAUUCAGAAAUGUGACAGAAUAUAUUUUUGGAGAAAAUGGUAUACCUCUCAAGUUGUGUGAAGCCUACAAUAAAAAGGACAAUACUCUUCUCAU